GCAACUGGGAUUAAACAUGAUGUCAUGCAAAGCCACAAAGGAACCUGGGAUUUACCAACUUCUUCCCAGUUGAGCAGGAGCCCUGACAAGUAAAGAACAGCCUCCCCUCGUUCCGCCGCCACGAGCGCCGAGAAGAAUUGAGCAAAUUAUUUACCUUCCAGCCUCCUUCCCGGACGGUAACGAUCAGCAAGGUCUCGACUCUCCACACGCAAUUAUCGAACGAGUGAAGGCCUCCCUGAGAGCCGUCAAUAGGGAGAGGAGCGGAGCGGAGAUUUGGAGGAGGGUGGGGGUCUCCGGCACACAUGCCCUUUUUUUGUGGACCUGUAAGGAGCAGCACCGACCCCAAGCCUCUCUCUAGGACUGUGUUGCUGUAGUUUUCUAAAAGCUGUUGAUGCGGAGGUGAUGGACGGUUCUUUCUGUCGCCCAGCGGGGGUCCUCGGUUCCCCCCUGGCUUCUGGGAGCCAGCCCGCGGGCUCAGACAUCCUCAGCAAGCCUCUGUCUUUUUCCAUCGACCGGAUUAUGGCCAGGACACCCGAACCCAGGUCGAUUCCGCUUCCAACCUGGUACCAGCCCGCUCCCGCGGGAAAACCCGACGCCUCGCUCCACUGUAUGAUUCCACUGGUGCCGCUCGGAUACGAAACGGGGCACCGGUUCAGCAUCCCCGCUCUGGAGGGGGGGCACUUUGACGCCUGCUCUCUGCCGGCUUCUGCGGAGAUUCUCGGGUUCGGACUGAGCCAGCAAGAGGACUCCUCAGUGAGCCAGACCAUCGGCCAGUACAAACUCUUCCGACCCCGGGUCGUGAACCAGUCGUCCUUCUCCGCCAUGGGGACGGUGUGCUACCUGAACUGCAGCGGGGACGGCGGCGCCUGCGCGCACACGGCCGGGCUGGUCAACCUGCACCCGAUGGCGUCCUACCUGCUGAGCGCCCGCCACAAAGCCCUCAUGGUGGAGAAGAGCAAAGCCAGCCUGCAGCCCGAGCGCUUCUCGGUGUCUCAGCACUUCAAGGAGAUGUCGCAGAGCCACAUCCAGAACUACAUGAAGGAGCGGGACCAGAUGCUCACGGAGAAAAUGUUUAAGGGCUCCGCGGCGGCUGUGCGCCUCAGCGCCUCGUGCCACAACAGUAAACCCAAAGUGUUCACCUGCGAGGUCUGCGGGAAGGUGUUUAACGCGCAUUACAAUCUGACUCGCCACAUGCCCGUGCACACAGGCGCGCGGCCUUUCGUCUGCAAAGUCUGCGGGAAAGGUUUCCGCCAGGCGAGCACGCUGUGCAGGCACAAGAUCAUCCACACUCAGGAAAAGCCUCACAAAUGUAACCAGUGUGGAAAAGCCUUCAACCGGAGUUCCACCUUAAAUACGCACACACGCAUCCAUGCGGGAUACAAACCUUUUGUGUGUGAGUUUUGCGGGAAAGGAUUCCAUCAAAAAGGGAAUUACAAGAAUCACAAGUUGACCCACAGUGGGGAAAAACAGUUUAAAUGCUCCAUCUGCAGCAAGGCUUUCCAUCAGGUCUACAACCUCACCUUCCACAUGCACACGCACAACGACAAGAAGCCCUUUACCUGCCCCACCUGUGGCAAAGGUUUCUGCAGGAACUUUGAUCUGAAGAAGCAUGUCAGGAAGCUGCACGACCCCGCCGGCGCACAGUCGCCCCUGGAGUCUUAAGGGACCCGGACUAUGUCUCAAUCGUCCCCCUGUCGCCCGUCAGAGAAGUGUGUCCUCCAACGUGUGAAAAGUAAACCCUGCAGGUGUCAGAAAAAAGGGUUCAUAAAUCUCAUAUUUAAUUUUGUGCAUUUUAUCUGAUUAAUUAAGAUGGGUAUUGUAAAGUAUUUAAACCCCAAUUCUUUCAUUUUGAAACAUUUCUCCCAAUAAUUGUUUUUGUUUUUUUGCACACUUAUUAAACCCUUGAGCCAUUUUACAGAAUUUACGACAAUCUUACACAUUUUUCCCGCUAUUGUAGUAUUUUUAAAUCUUUUCAAUUACAUCAUAAAUGUAUUUCAGUGACUACAUUGAUAUGUAUUCCGAAUAUUAUAAAUAAAAAUUAUAAUAUUCACAAUCUUUCAAGAAUAUUGGAGUAACACACCAUCAGUAGCGCUGAUAUCACAACGGUGACUUUUUGUCAACAAGCCUAAAAAAAUAACAAAAAAAAUUGUGAACAUUUUUUAUAUUUUUACAUAAUUUUUUUCAAAAAAAAAAUGAAGUAAGAAAAUAUUUCGGUAGCAUAUAAGUGAGGGCUUGAAACCCACUUGUAUUCAUGUCAUGAAAAGAUCUCUGAAAGUGCUAGAAAAUUUGACUCCAAUGGUGCAAACAUUGUGUUUUUUAUGUGGUUAUAUAUUCUUGACGACAUUAACACAUCUUGUUUAUUUUAUCCUUCUGGAUUAUUGGCGACAUGAAGCCAAAAUAUAGUUUAUACAUGCAGUAGUUUGUGCAGGAUAUAAGAUUGGCGUGUGUAUUCCUGGUCAGUUAACCCUUUAAUACUGGAGCUCCAGUGUUUAUGUUCUUUAAUUUAUUGUCAUUUUUCAACCGUUAACACGAUCAACGUCAUUCCAGUAGAUUUUAAUCUACUGGAAUGACGUUGAUCCUGAUAAAGGUUGAAAGUUACUUUAUGGUAAAGACUUUGUGUUUGAGCGUCACCGACAACGCCUCAGGUGUUAAAGGGUUAAUAUGAUGCACAGCACUGCAAAAAGAAAACCCUCUGAUAUUGGGAUCUGCACCUUAAGGAGAAUAAUGUUUAAUCUGCAGAAUGAUAGAUACUGAAAAUGUUCUUCUAAGCAUCAGCUUAUGAAACUAAAGAGUAUUCAUGUUAUUGUCAAUAGUGCCAAAUUAAAGACAGAUUUAAUCAAGACAUUUCUGAAUUUCUAACACUUUAAGGAAACCUUUUGUAGUGCUUUAACUAUCUGGAAACACAAGUUUUUAAACUUAUACUAUAGUUUACAAUGAAAGAUUCACCUCUGAUCUGCUGACCUGUCAGUAUUAGGGCUGGUAUUGAUAAUAAUUUCCAGAAACAAUUCAAUUUAAUUCACAAGAACCUUAAUUUUUUUUCUGAUUCUUUCGACCCUCUCAGUUAAAUUUGAUACAAUUUAUUUUUUGAGUUUACACAUUUGUUUAGAAAUACAUUAAUAAUCCGAUACAGUUCACAUGCUGCAAAGUUCAUUAGUGAAAUAAAUGAGAUUU